ACAGAAAAAACAAGACAUUCAAAACUUUAUUGACAGAACUGAACAAAAUGACCUGGUACAACUUAGGGAAUACAUCACAUCUUCUGAUACACUUCUUAGAGACAAUACGAGCAAUUUUGAGGAUCUUUCAAAUAAGUUGAAAAAGCAAACAGACAAAUUAAAACAAGACCUCGACUUCCUGACAGCACAGACACUCUCUCUUUACCACAAAAUGGAGGAGGAUAAUACCAAGCUUAUACAGAAAUACAAACAGGACCUUGAAAUGUAUAACGAGCAACUCCGACAACAAAUUCAGGAAUGCAAAACAGCACUCCAACAUGGCUCUCACAUAGAAAUCUACGACACAGGAUGUGAAAUUCAUUUCCCAAUCAGUGUCCCUGUAAAACCUGUCCUGGGUACUGCCAGUUUCACUCCAAACAAAACCCCUCAACAUCACCUAGAACUGGCCUUAGGGAACAUUGACGCCUUAGGUCAAGGUCAGGCUUCAACUGACCAGGACGGGUCAGUCGGGGCAUCUGGUGGUCAGAAACCAUCCUCUACAUCACAACAGACAGAACCAAAAGGAAAGAAGGCAGUGACUAUGUACAAACUACUGUCACAGACCAAAGUGUUGGAGGAGUGGUGGUCUCCUGUUGGUAUUUAUUCUAUAUGCCCCACCACUGAUGGUCAGGUGUGGACUAGUGGUUACAGUAACACAUUAACUCUCCUGGACAGGAAGGGGAAAGUAAUACAGGAGGUUAAACACAAAACUAACAUCAACGACAUAAGUCUGUCACCAACAACACACACACUGUGGGUCUGUGACAGAGAAAACAACAUCAUGGAGCUGGUAUCAGGACAGCUAAAACACAGAUUCAGCACCAAGGUGAGACCCAGGUGUAUCUGUGUUACUGUCUGUAACCAUGUCAUUGUGGGGAUGACCAACAACAUCUCCAAAUUUACCACACAAGGUCAAAUGGUGCUCACUACAAGUGUUACAGGGACUGGGAAGCCAUUGGUGUGUACACCAGGGAGGAUCUCAGAGUGUCCUGUCACUCACAAUGUCGCAGUGGUUGAUUGGAAUAUUAAGGAUGAUGGUGGUGAUGGGAUAGCACAUGUUCUUGUUAUGGACACUGAUUUCAAGGAACUGUUUGUAUAUAGAGGUGACAUCCCCAGUACAUAUAAACAAUCAUCACAUAAAGGAGCUAAACCAUUUAACCCCUAUGGUGUGGUGUAUGACAGUGUGGGGAACAUUAUCAUAGGGGACUGGAACAACAACAGAGUCCUACUCAUCAGUGGACGUGGCGAGUUCCUCAGGAUCAUACACACAGACACAGGCUAUACACGGGCUGUAGGUGUAGACAAGGAGGAUGUCCUGUGGGCAGUGUUUGGUGGGGUGUUUGGUGGGAAUGUUAAACUACUACAGUACAGCAGUGUGUGACU